GUUUAGUUAAUGUAAUUAGAAGAAGAUAGUGAAAAAAUGAAUUUCAUAGAUUAUGUGAAAUGGGCAUUUAUUGAAAAUGAAAAAUCUAGAAAAUAAGUAGAAGACGAUGAAAAUUUAGCAAUAUCAUCAUCUAGUUUUAAAUUAUUGGAUGGAGAUGAGAUGGGUAAAAUUCAUUGGAUGUUUAGAAGAUGCCAAUCAUAAACAAAGUUAAAAGAAUAGGGUAAUUUUUAUACGCAAAAUUACUUCAUACUUAAUCAUAUUUUUUAUUUUCUAUUAACAAUUAUAAAUGAUGGGAAAUCAACUUAUGAAUAAAUUUUAAGAUUAAUGAAAUCAAUAGGAAUUAAUUAUGAGGAAGAGAUGUUACAACUAGUUCAUAUUGAAGAUGAUGAACUAUUAAAAUUAAAAUAUGAAAAGCAAAAAGUACAAAAAAAAGAAAACAUAAAUUAAUAAGAUUUUAGGACACUAUUAAAAAUUAUUCUUGAAAUAAAAGAAAUAUCUAUAGAAUAAUCAAAUGAAAUAAUAGAUCUAAGAAAUAUAUUUGAUUUAAAGACAAAUUUGGAAUUAGCGUCAAUAUUUGAAUAACUUCCUUUUAUUAUGCUUUAAAUUAAUGCAUUUUAAGGCAAAGAAUUUAAGGAAAAAGAAGCUAAAUUAAAAAAAGAAAAAGAAAAUGAAAAAGAAAAAGAAAAGUUAAAAAAAUAAUAAUAAUAACAAUAACAUGAAUAUUAAUUUAAACAGGUUUAAUUAAUUUAAUAAGAGAAAAUUAAGUUUGGUAAAGUAUUACAUAGAUUAAAACAUAAAGAACAACAAAAUUAAAUCUUAUUGUUUGAUGGAACUAUGUAAAUAAAUAAUAAUUUAUUUAUAGAGUAACUGGUAAAUUUUGGAUAUCCCAUCAUGAACCGUCUUAUAUUCCACUUCCAAUUAAUUUUAAUAUGAAUGCAUUUUAUUGUAAUGCCCGCAUUUCACAUUAUAAUGAAGAAAUAAAAUAGAAAAUAAAUUCUAGUUUGUUAUAUUAAGGUUCAGUUAAUGAUUAAUUUGAUCCACAUGUUAAUAAAUUAUAAUAUUAGGAAGAAAUAGAUGGGAUAUUAAAAUUUCUUGAUGAUAAUGAUGUUUUUUAGUAUAAAGGAUGUUUUUAAGAUGGAUUAUUUGAUGGUAUAGGAAGAAUGUAUAGACAUGGUUAUUUAUAGUAUAUAGGAGAAUUCAAAGGAGGAGUAAGACAUGGAUUAGGAAAAGAAUUAUUUGCAUAAGAUGGAACCUAUUUGUGUGGAAAAUUUGAAAAUGAUAAAAAAGAUGGAAUUUUUACAUUGGAAAAAUGUAUAGAUUAUUCAACUAGAGAUAAAAAAUGGUUGAAAUACAAUUAAGGAUAAAAAUUAUUUCAAAAUGGGAAAGAAUUAAUACUUAAACGUGAACCUUAGCAAUUGUUGUUGAGAAGACUAUAAUCAACGGCUCCAGUUCGUACAAUCCUAAAUUAUGGAGAAUCUGGAAUUACUAAUUAUUAGCUUAAAUCUUUAUAAGCAGGUAAAUGGCUUAAUUCAAAUAUUAUUGAUAUUGUCAUUUAAUCAGUUUUAACAUAAAGAUUUUUAAUCAGUCCAAAUCUAAAAAAUAAUAACACAAUCUUUAUUAAUUGUGCCAAAUUUUAAGAUAUAUUUGGCAGUCUGAUUUCAAAAGAUCAACCAAUAGAAAAUCAGUAAAUAUCAUAUAAUAUAAUAUACUAGAGUUUUUAAGGAUAUUAUAGAUAAUCAUAAUAAUAAUUAGAAAUAGCUUAGAUUUGUUUUUUUUUUUAAUUUAGAUCGAGGGCAUUUUUUAUCAGUUGUUUAUGAAAAUGAAAAACUAUAUUUGAUUGACUCACUAAAAGAUAAAAAAGCAGAUUUAUUGCACUAAAUAAAAAAAUUAUUAAAAGAUUUUAAUUUUAAUGUGAUAGAUGGUUGGUAAGACAUUCCUGUAAGUUAAUAAAAAAAUUCAUAUGAUUGUGGUAUAUAUACUAUCAAUUAUAUAUGUUAAAUCAUCAAAAACAUUGAAUUAAGUAUUCCUGAGAUGAUUAAAAAAAAUUGUUUCAUAAUUGAACAAAUCAAAAUUAACAUGAUACGGUAUCUAAUUGGAACAUAUUUCUUACAAUUAGGAAUUGAGCUUUUAUAAUUGUGA